AUGCGUCGCGCCCUCACACGAACCCUCCCAGCUGCCGCAGCUCAAGCUAGAGCCCUCCGCUCUGCCCCAGCAUUCAGGAUGCCAUCCUCCUCCAAUACAUCCAAAAUAGCCACUCGAAGACUUCAUGCGACAGCUCAGCAUCUCAGGCCUGCCUCGGCCUCAGCUCCAGCAUACGCCGUCGAUAGCUAUCCCACGUCCCACGAACAAAUCAAAGAUGUUCAAGACACCCCGUACUUUAUCGACAACAAAUUCCUCAAAUCCGAAACCACCCAAUUCAUCGAUUUACACGACCCCGCUACCAACAACCUGGUUACGCGGGUACCUCAGAGUACAGAUGCUGAGCUCAAGGCUGCUGUAGAGAGUGCGCAGAAGGCUUUCCCAGGAUGGAGGGCUACAAGCGUGAUGGCACGACAGCAGGUCAUGUUCAAAUUCACUCAGCUAGUAAGAGACAACUGGGAUCGAUUGGCAGCGAGCAUUACACUUGAACAGGGGAAAACGUUUGCAGAUGCCAAAGGUGAUGUUCUCCGAGGGCUGCAAGUUGCAGAAGGUGCUUGCAAUAUUCCCCAGCAGAUGGUGGGUGAAGUGCUAGAAGUUGCCAAAGACAUGGAGACAAGAAGUUAUAGGGAGCCAUUGGGUGUUGUUGCAGCCAUCUGCCCAUUCAACUUCCCCGCCAUGAUUCCACUUUGGUCAAUCCCAAUUGCCACUGCUACCGGAAACUGUCUGAUUCUAAAGCCUUCUGAACGUGAUCCGGGAGCUGCUAUAAUCUUAGCCGAGCUCGCGGAGAAGGCUGGAAUGCCUCCUGGAGUUUUGAACAUUGUCCAUGGUGCUGCUAAGACCGUGGAUUUCAUUCUCGACGAGCCUGCGAUCAAGGCUAUUAGUUUUGUGGGAAGCAACCGAGCCGGAGAGUAUAUCUUCACUAAAGGCUCCGCGAAUGGCAAGCGUGUGCAGGCCAACUUGGGCGCAAAGAACCAUGCCGCUAUUCUCCCGGACGCCAACAAACAACACGCCCUUAACUCAAUCGUUGGUGCUGCUUUUGGUGCUGCUGGCCAAAGAUGUAUGGCACUUAGCACUUUGGUCAUGGUCGGAGAGACGAAAGAGUGGCUCAACGAACUCGCAGAAAGCACUAAAGCCCUCAAGGUCAAUGGUGGGUUCGAAGAAGGAGCCGAUCUGGGGCCAGUUAUCUCCCCUCAAAGCAAAGAGAGAAUCGAAGGUCUAAUUGCCUCUGCCGAGGAAGAGGGAGCUACAAUCCUUCUUGACGGGCGUGGGUUCAAACCUGCGAAGUAUCCUAAUGGUAACUGGGUCGGCCCGACCAUCAUCACGAACGUUAAGCCUCAUAUGAGGUGCUAUAAGGAAGAAAUCUUUGGUCCAGUUCUGGUAUGCUUGAAUGUGGAUUCUCUGGACGAGGCAGUCGAUCUCAUCAACGCGAACGAGUAUGGUAAUGGUGUUGCUAUUUUCACCAAGUCUGGAGCAACUGCAACCGCAUUCCAAAAGAACAUUGAAGCCGGACAGGUUGGAAUUAAUGUUCCUAUUCCCGUACCUCUUCCUAUGUUCUCCUUCACUGGAAACAAGAAGUCGAUCGCUGGCGGUGGUGCAAGUUAUUUCUACGGAAAGCCAGGAUUGCAAUUUUACACCCAGCUGAAGACUGUUACUAGUUUAUGGAGAAGCGAAGAUGCUAUCUCAAAAUCCGCUGAUGUUGCUAUGCCUACGCAUAGCUAA